ACUCAUAUGUGAUUUUUCACUUACUUUUGGGACUAACCUGUAAUUUUCCUUUUUCUUUCUGGACAAGAUUUUUUUUCUGCCGCUACAAGCAAUAGAGCAACGCUGGUCUGUCUCUCUCUCGCAACUCAUUGACGUACUCACUUGAGAGUUGGAGAGGGAAGCUUGCCGCUUGGGAUUCUACUUUCUCGACGGAUCUCAAUCCAACGCUCAAUCAUGGUUCUUCUACAGCUAGACCCGUUUCUUAAUGAACUCACAAGCAUGUUUGAACAAAGCACUGAGAAGGGAACUGUUUGGGUCACUCUCAAACGAUCAUCCUUGAAGUCUAAGGUGCAGAGGAAUAAAAUGGCAACUGCUGGUGAACCCGUUGAAUAUAGGUGUCUCAUCCGUGCAACCAAUGGCAAGAAGACAAUUUCUACUUCGGUUGGGGCAAAGGAUCACCAGCGCUUUCAAGCUUCAUAUACUACUAUUCUCAAGGCCCACAUGACUGCUUUAAAGAAGAGGGAGAGAAAGGACAAGAAAAAGGCUGCAGGGGCAGAUAAGAAAGAAGGCUCAAAGAAGCCCUAGGGAGCCCAAAUUCCUGUUUUCUGAACCCCUGUAUAAAAUGGAAUACCUUUCAUUUCCUUUUAUGUACUCUUCAGCAUAACGAAAGUAGGUUUUGUCAUACCUUGAGAGUAAAGAAAUAUUUGUUUUGACUUUGAGCAUUUACUGAGAUUGAAGGAUGGGAUUUUGUUUGACUGCCCUUUUGUGGGCGUUGUUACUUGGGUUAAUAUUUAUAUGGGAGAAAAUUUUGGAAAAA